AUGGACGCCGAGACCACCAAGUACCUCGGUGGUGACGUGGAGCACACUCACUUGGUGAAAGGGCUGGACUACGCCCUGCUCGUCAAGAUCAGGGAGGAGGAACGCCAGCAGCAGAUAGAGAUACUGGAAGGAGAUGGCGGUGACGAUCGAAACGGAGACCGGAGGGGAGGGCGGGCGGAGGUUCGCGCCCGAACACUCAUGGGCAAGACGGUACUCGCUGUACUGAGGAAGCUCAGCCUUGGCCAGGGGGGCGGAGGACCCGACUUCAGGCGCGUCGGUUAUGAGUUCGAGCUGGAUCCCGAGAGCACCCAGGAAAUCCCGACAGCAGUGGCGCACAGUCUGGGGGAUGACGGGGAGGAGGAGGAGGAGGAAGAGGACCGGGAACGGCACACUAACUACCUCAUGGAGGAGGACCUCCUCGAACGCGUGGAGUCGGCCUUCACUCUGUUCCGGCAGCAUGGUGGCAAGGCUCGACGCCAGCGCAAGCGCGCCCGCGACAAGGCUGGCGGUGUUGGUGGCAAGGAGGAAGACGCGAUCGUCGCGGCGCUUGCCAAGACGGGCGGAGGAGACGGGGGGGCGGGAGACACAGAGGACCGCGAUGCCGCGGUGCUACCGCCCGCACGGCGAGCCAAGGUUUCCAUCAACAUCUUUGAGGAUAUUGACGACCGGUACGUCCCGCCCGGAUCUGCCGGGUCUGCUUCUCAACCGCCCGUGGGAGCGGCAGGAGCGGCGAAGGGGUACUUCUCGGGGCUGCGGGCUAAGAACGCGGGGGACAGCGCCGACAACAAGGCCGACGUCUUGCCGACGAGAGCGGAGAUGAGCGCCACCGUCAAGGCGGCCGCACGCGCCGCCGCCGCGAGGGUGUCCGGCGACAAGAAGGCCUCGUCGGGGGCAGGUGCAAGAGAGACGGGCAAGUCCGGCGGAAGGGACAAGAUCGAGCGCGAUAUCUUCGCGGCGAGGCCGAGCCGCGGGCAGGCCCUCGGCGUCUCGGCGGGCGGUUACGACGUGUACCCGGAAACCGGGGACUUCGAGACGUACGAUAGCGACGAGGAUGCUACCAACAAGAAAGACGCCAAGCCUGGACCCGAGGGGAGCGGCGGCGGGGCUGGCGCAAGUGGCAGGCGCGGCGGGGAUGGCAACCAUGACAAGCACCCCGCGUACGACAAGCCAAAGGCCUCCUUCCCUUUCGGGGUGAAGAGGUCCGAACUGAGCGGGCGGAAGGGGGGCGGCGGGAGCAAAUCGAGCGGCAGCAAGCACCGCGUGGACAACGAGUUGAACAUCAUCAAGAAGUACAUGAAGGGGGAUAAGUAGGGUAACGACCGUCGGCGAUGUUCCCAGUUCGAAACAAAUUCUGUGUGGAUUUGGACUGGUUUCGUCGCGUUAUGUAGCAUUCCCCGCGGCUAUCGUGUGACAUAUGACAGCCGCGUGUUGUAGGGCAGGGAAGCGCUAGAUACGACGUCAACAUUUUUUGGGGGGCCUCAUGCCAAUCACUUCAUUCGUCGUACGGCAGUAUCGCCGUAUGGG